UCUAUGCAUUUUAAAAAGAGGAACAAAAGCAGAACACAUAUCGUGCCUGUCAAAUAAUCUUUGACAUGUUGAUUACGGGCAAACACAUGACCUAAAAUCACCCCUUGCUGUCAUUGUUUUUGAACUUGUUGAUGCAAUAAUCAAAUUGAGUCAUAUGCGGAUGAUCACAAAUCCUGACAAAGGAAGAAGACAGGGAUGAUUAUGAAAAAGCAAGCAAGGGAAAAUGUUUUCUCCAAAUGACAUGUUUGGAAAAUAUGUCACUUGCAGGAAAUCAUCAGGGGCCAUUUACUGUAAUUAAUGUGGGUGAGGGGCUGGUUCCCUGUUCAAACCUGGAGUAAUCACAAAAACACUUCUACAUUCGGAGACCAUGUGCAUUUCCCUUGCAUCCCUGAUUUAAACAAAUGAGGCAAAUAAUUGAAAGUGUGGUCAGUUUACUAUGGUGAGGUCUAUCUCCAGGCCUUUCACAUCUCACAACAGACGACUGUAUUUAUACAAUUCGAUUUCGAGAGAUAUUGCAAUCACAAUCAAUAACAGGCAGGACGAAACAACCUGCCUUAUAAUGACUAACAAUCACAACAUUAAAGGGGCCAACGCCUGGAGUUACUAAUGCAGAGCUCAGUGUAUGUUUGACAUGUCAGGUUUUCUUUUCACUAGUCAGUUAGCUGUUAGUGACAUCUUCCGGAGCAGCAUAACACUGCAGUUCAGGGAUAAAGCUACGUCAGCACCGCGCUACGUGGAAGAUGGAGCGGGGGAGGAAGCUUGACGGUGAUGCUACAUUCAAGGCUGGACUUCAGGUUUUCGACUGGUGAGGAAGCUAGCUGUCAACUACUAUAGCCACUUCAGCGCCGCCACAUUAUCAUCAAUAGAUUAAAAUAUGGCAGACAGUAUCAUGAGCAAGGCUGCAACCAUGGAGAUCCCCAUUAACAGCAAUGGAGACACAGGAACUCUGCCAGAGGAUGACAGCCUCGAGCAGGACUUGCAGCAGGUGAUGGUGUCUGGACCCAACCUGAAUGAAACCAGCAUUGUCUCAGGAGGUUAUGGAGGACCUGCAGGGGGCAUCAUCCCUACCAGCAGCAUCAAAGGGCCAGCAGUACGCUUCAACCCUGAGUAUGUGGACAGAAGAAGAGCCCCUGCACCGGGACCAGACAUUCGCAUGAAAUCCAGGGUUGUUGGCUUGCCAAACAGCCAAUCUGCAGCAAGUCGACUUUCCCAACACACAGACCAGCAUCCAGGGUCGUCGAACAAUAAUACUGGUAAUUCAACCGAAGAACUUUCUCGUGGUGUGGCAGUGGAGAAAUUGGACAGUGUGAAGAAAUGGGGCAUAAAUACAUACAAGUGUACAAAGCAGAUGUUCUCAGAGAGGUUUGGCAGAGGUUCAAGAACAGUAGACCUGGAACUGGAAGCUCAGAUUGACGUGUUGAGAGACACCAAGAGCAAGUAUGAAACCAUCCUAAAACUGACCACUGCACUCACCACUCAUUUCCAAAGCAUGGUGGAGACACAACAGGCGCUGGGAGACACCUUCGCCGACCUCAGCCAGAAGUCCCCAGAGUUGCAGGACGAGUUUGGCUAUAAUGCAGAAACACAGAAACUGCUGUGCAGAAAUGGCGAGUCUCUCCUCAGUGCCAUCAGCUUUUUUGUGUCCAGUAUCGACACACUGGUCAACAAAACAAUGGAGGAUACUCUGCUGACCAUUAAACUGUAUGAGAAUGCAAGACUUGAGUUUGAUGCCUAUCGUUCUGAUAUGGAGGAGCUGAGUUUGGGCCCCAGGGAUGCAGCUGCCAUGGUCCGCAUAGAGAUGGCUCAGCAUGAUUACCAGAUCCACAGAGACAAAUAUGAAAGGCUGCGUAGUGAUGUCACCAUCAAGCUCAAAUUCCUGGACGAAAACAAGGUUAAGGUUAUGCACAAGCAGCUGCUUCUCUUCCACAAUGCUAUCUCAGCCUACUUUGCUGGCAACCAGGAGCAAUUGGAACAAACUCUAAUACAGUUCAAUGUAAAGUUAAAGCCCCCGGGAACAGACAAGCCAUCCUGGCUGGAGGAGCAGUAGACUGGGUUGGUUGAGGUGUACAGUGACAGCUGGCGGCUGGUCAGGGAGGAUCUUGACAUUGGGGUCAGAUGGGCAAGAAUGAAAUGCAUAAAUGAGUAUGUUAUAGGAUCAUUUGUGUUCAGUGAUACAGCAAAUGUAAGAUUUUCUUUUUUAAUGUUUUUAAGUAUCACAUAUUACAUAGACAGUACAACUAUUUUAGUUGUACUUUGAUUUUUUUGUUGAGUCACAAAUUACUUUCUUAUCCUUUAGGUAGCACAAUCAUUUAUCACUUUUUUAUGUAUGUACAGUAUAGUCUACUAUUGUGGAAAUACUCCUUGGCAGUUUUGCACAUGCAUUAUGUUUUGUUUUUGUAUUAUGUCAAAAGCGUUAUCUUAUAUAUAUAAUAUAUAUAUAUAUAUAUUCAGAGUAUAUCACAUUGGAGGAACUCCACAAAUCAGAUAAGCUGGUGGGAUGAUAUAAAAUUAUGAAAUAUUCUAUGCAUGACUGAACCCUAUUUUUUCAAAUUUAGUUUCACAAAUUUAAAUCAGAGCCACCAGGAUAAUGCAUAAUUUUCAAAGUUAUCCCACCACGCUUCUAAUAUCACCUUGUGGUUUACCUCCCUGAAUGGUCAGUUUGCAUAGAAUGGAACAUAUAAAUACACAGAGUGAUUAAAGUGAUUUUCUUUAACCUAAUAUAUAAUCCAUAGCUAUUUUGAUAUCCUACAUUUUGGGUAAGAGAUGUGAAUUCAGCACAGUAUCUGUCAUGUUUACUCCAAUGUGUAUAUGGAAACAAGCCUCAAUAGAUGUUACACUAAGUAACUGCAUGAAUCCAUACAUUAGAUGCUUCAAUCAAUACAACUUCUGAACAAUCAAUGCCCUUGCAAUCCAAGGUGCAAUUUAAAAAGAAAAAUGAUCCUUCAACACUCAUUCUUGAAGUCUCAAAUCCUAAAAUUCAUUUCAGUGUCUCUUAAAGGACCGAAUGUAUACGUACAUUUCUUAUUCUGUGUUAUUUAUUUACCAAUUGUUUUGUGACACAACAUUGUAUGGUACGUGCAUUUAUUUUCAAUUCUAGUCAGAUGAUUGUCUUUGUCUUGUUCUGCAUUUCCAAUAAAAUCUGCUGGAUGUUUUGUUUCGCUUAA